UAAGCGGCAAAAAAUAUUGUUCACUUUAAGGUAUGUGACUGAAGAUAAAUUAACAGGAGUAGGUAUAUUUCUAAAUUAGCUUCAUUAUAGUACCUAGGUACAUUAUUGAAAAGCGUAAAUUCAAAAAAACCCUUGGUUUUCCUGUUUUUCCCAUGUUUUUCCACGUUUUCAGACUUUCAAUUGUUUUAUUGCUAUCACCUUUCUUUCUGUCAACUUCCUAGCCAUCCUAGCAACUAUAAGUUGCUAUUUAAUUUCUCAUCUCAGUUUAAUUAUAAAUGGCCCCGAUUCGAUACAGUCUCCAUUAUGAAGAUUAUUCAGAACAUUUACUAUCAAGAUUUGGGAAAUUACUACAAAUUCAGUCCUUGGUUGACAUGACACUGAUGUGUAGUUCGCACACUUUGCGUGUCCAUAAAGCUGUUCUUGCAGCUAGCAGUGCAUAUUUUCAGGAUGUCCUUCAAAAGCAAACUGGGGAACCCCUCAUCAUCCUCAAAAUGCGGUUCAGCGUGCUAAAGUCGUUAGUAGAGUUCAUGUACUGCGGCAAAACACAAUGUUUGGAGGAAAACCUCGAUGAACUGGUUUCUGCUGCCCAGUUUCUGAAGAUAAAGGGUUUGUCCAAAGUGACUAAAGAAGGCCUGGGAAUCGCAAAUAAUAGUGAACUUCCAGUUUUUACGCCGCCCGUGGUAGUAAAUCGCCCGCCUCAAUCACUAAUUAAUUCGCAAUUACCGGAGCUCAAAGAACCCCAGCCCCUGCCGCCACCGCCCGAGUUGCCCGAUGCUACGGCCGGCGACCCAGCUGAUGCACUUGCAAGAAAUAGUAAGAAGGACAUGGUGGUCUGCUACCCAUUUAACAUGGACAGCAAAGGAGCCCCCCCGGCCCCGCCUGUCGUGGCCUACGCCGACACCCCGCGCCCGGUCAAACCAAGACGAGGAAGACCUAGCCAACGCAACACCUGGGAGUCAGGCGCAGGGCUAGGCCGCGCCGCCGAGCGAGCCCUCAUGCGACGCGAACAGGACUCCAGGAAAGCCAUACACCAGCUGAAACAUCUGCAGACUAGAUACAAUCAGGAUUACAUGGAUAGAGUUUCCCUCUCGCAAGCCGUGAACAGCAUCUGUGGUCCGGAGUCGGCCGACAGUAACUACAUGAACAUAGACGCAGACUUCAUGUAUUUGGACCAAUCGGUUUCGUCUAAUGUCCUCAAUCCUCCUUUACCGUACAGCAAGGAACUAAACUUGGGUAACCAGACCAUCACUUCGAGCUACACCACCCCUAGCACCAGUGGCGGUGACGCAGGCGCUACUGGAGGCGUCUCUUCUGCCAUGUCGCAAUAUGUGAAUGCCCUUAAAAACGCCGGCCUCCCGACUGACCUUCCGAUCCUUUUCGAAUCGGGCGAUGGCUCAUACAUCAACGUGAACGAAAAAGUACUCCUGGAUAUGGUGCAGAGCAGUGAGAUACAGUACGAGGUCAUCGAGCAACCGAACAUUAUACAAAGUGUUUCCGAUCCUAGCGAGAUUAAAAGUAUCGAUGAUUUGUCUAAAUCUAUAGAAAGAGGAGAAAUGAUGAUCAGCAAUAAGAACUACGAUAGUGGCAAUAGCAGCUAUAAUAAAGACACAUCAGGGUAUCGGAGCCAGGAUGAUACGAUCAGCAGCUUGAAUGCUAUUCUUCCAGACAAUUUGGAACCUUUCGAAGAACAGCAAAGCUAUGUGGUGAUGGAUCAGCGACUGCAGGGGACUAGCAGUGUAAUGGAUCACGUUAACAAUGACUUUUCGUGCAUUGAUGGAGACAUGCAUUUCUUCACAAAGUCUAUGAGCGACGAUGUAAAGAAAUAUUACGAGGGUCACCAUGGUUUAGAUGAAGCUUCCGUUAUGGAGCAGCUAUGUCCUACUAGCACUUCAUUAGACACCAGUUUUAGCAUGUCUCUCCUUGAUAAAACUCACUUGGAAAGUGGAAAUUUAGGGCAACAAUUUGGUUCUCUAAAUGCUGAAGAUUUGCGCAGGAAUGAUGACUGUUACGAUUUUGCUCUGGAUUGCUUGAUUUCCACCCCUAAACGGAAUGAUAAAAGCAAGUAUGACAGCAACCAGAUGGAAAAAGAUGCUCGAGAACGCGAUGAAAUAAUUAAAGAUUUAAUGAAUAUAGAAAAUAUGACACAAAGCUGUGUUGAAAAUCGCAACAAUAAUGAGAUUAAUAAGACGGGCGGUAUUGAGCAUGACAAAGAGGAGGGAUUUAACGAGCCUUUGAACGUAGACAGUUUAUUUGAGGCAGGGAGUCAUGAGACCAACAACCCGGAGAAAAAUGAUUCAGAGAAUUUAUCAGCUGCCGUUCCUUCUAGCGGUAUUCAAUGGGACAAUACGGACAAGAAUAAGGAUAGCAUGGCCGAGGUAUUUGAAGAUACAGAUAUAAUUAACGUAACAAGUAACAAAGACCUCCCAGGUCCAGAUCCUAUGAUAACACCAUCCCAGUAUGACAACGACGGCCCACCACCAGUAAUUGACUUGACUAAAUCAAUGAAAUCUGAGAUGUGGAAUGUAGACGUCGACAUGUUGGAUGAUAAAGAAAACUUUGAAAAAGGUGCAAAUGCCGAGAAUAUAGAGUCUACUUUAGAAGAUGACAUCCCUUUUGCAGUGGGGCUACAGCCGCUGAAACAAAUCGAGCCAACGGGGGAUAACAGUCUGCUGAAAAGGAGAAACCCUCUCGAAGACUUGUCUAAUAAUGAUGAUUCUAAAUAUCUGAAACGUAAGAUGAAGCAUAAGAAAAUAUUAUAAAAAUUAUGUGGACGUACCUAAUCUUUACUGAAGGUGUCUUAAUAUUUAGUGAAUUAAAAUAAUAUUAAUAGAUUUUAAA